GAAUAACCUCAAUCUCGUGACUUGUUUACUUUUUUCUAAUUCGAAAUUUGUGAAUCAUGUCGUCGUCCAGCAGUGGUUCUGUGUGAAUUUUUUAUUAAAAAAACCAAUUAAGAUAAUGUUAUUUGUAAUAUGUGUGGUGAAAAUUAUAAAACUAGUGGCAAUACAACAAAUUUACGAUGCAUUCUCAUAGUUUAAAAGCACUGGUGAAAUGUCAAUUAUUGACUGACAGCAAGUAUUGAGGUUAUGUUAUUUGUGCCAAGUUCCACAUCAGUUGAAAAAACAAAAUGUUUGAAUUAACAGACACGCAAAAAAUCGGAGUUGGGCUAUCCACGUUUGGUAUUUUUUUUAUUUUCCUAGGAAUAUUGCUCCUAUUGGAUAGAAGUUUAUUAGCUUUAGGAAAUAUAUUAUUUAUCUCUGGAUUGGUAGCUAUAAUAGGAAGACAAAGAACGUUUUUGUUCUUUUUUCAAAGGCAUAAAGCAAAAAGGUCGUUAGCUUUUUUCGGGGGUAUAAUAUUAGUAUUAUUAAAAUGGCCCCUUGUUGGUAUGUUGUUAGAACUAUAUGGUUUCUUUUUAUUAUUUAGUGAUUUUUUCCCUAUUGCCAUUAAUUUUUUAAGAAGGAUACCAAUUUUGGGUACUUUAUUAAAUUUCCCUGGUAUAAGUAUGGUUGUGGAUAAGCUUACAGGGGAUGCAAAUCGAGUUCGAGUAUGAACUCGAGAAAAAAUAUUGUAUCGAUAUGUUAUUUAUUUUAUCACAUUUUUAAUAUAAU